GAUGAGGAGAGAGAGAACAUUGUUGGUGGUACUGCUACUUAUUCUAAUCCACCAUAUUUCUGCUACCAAGGAUCACCAAAAACACCUUUGUCCCCCUUCUUCCUGUGGCCACAUCCCCAACAUUACUUAUCCUUUUCGAUUACAAGGCGACCCAGAGAAUUGUGGUGACGAAAGGUACGAGCUUGGUUGUCAGAAUAAUGUUACUGUGUUGUAUCUGCACUCUAUACAAUACCAUGUACAAGCAAUCAACUACGACAACUACACCGUGAGAGUGGUUGACCCUGCACUUCAACACCACAACUGCUCCUCCCUUCCUCUCCGUUCCCUCUCUCGCUCCAAUUUCUCUGAUACUUACACGCACCGCAUGGGUCCAUACCAAGCCUCUUAUGAUAAUAUGGAAUCUCUGAGUUUCGAGCAUAUAGUGUUUCUGAACUGUAACCAUUCGGUGAGAGAGAACGGAAAGUAUGUGGAAAGUGGUGAGUGCGUGAAGUGGGACUCAAAGGGCUAUUCAUAUGCUGUUGUUGGUGACCUAUAUGCUGAGGACUUAGAAGUUGGGUGUGACGUGAAGCUUGUUGCUCCCACAUCGUUCAGGACUUUGAGUUACCAUUCAUACGGUGCCAUUCAUAGGGCUCUCGCCUAUGGAUUUGAGAUCUCUUGGCUAAACCUCGCCUGUCAGAAUCAUUGUCAUGAAGAUUUUUGCGAUUUCGACUCUUCUAGCCAGAAGCUUGUUUGCUAUGAACAAUCCUUAUUCCAGUGGUUAAAGAAGUGGUUAAAGACGUUAGCUGCCUUUAAGAGAGAAAUCGGCCAACCUUAGUGGCACUACGGCGCCUUCCACGACGUCCACGAAGAUUGGGAGAAGUUGUCGCGGAGCUGGUGGAGGUGGGAGAGCACGAAGGGGUUCUCCUGGGAGGUCGAAUUGGUGGAAGAGGUCGUAGGCGUGGUCACACUGGGCCUGGAAAGCGGCGGCCCAUCAGCGGGGAGGACGGAGAGGAGGCGGGAGAGUGGCUCGUAUAGGUCGCACGUGCGGAGGAUGGUGAGGAAGAGGCGUAGAUAGAAGUCAGAGAUGGUUUCGCUAUGGUCGAAGUAGGUGGAGACGAGACACGUGAGUUUGUUGGUAGGUUUAGACUUGGCGAGGGCUUCACGAACACUGUUGGAGUCAGGUUGAAGGAGGUGAGAUAGGACUUAGCGAGGUGGUGGACCGGCGGAGGGCUUGGAUGAUGGAACAUAUCUCGUUGUAGGAGGGGGCCUGCACGGCUUGGAGGAAUUCAAUUUAAAAUAAAGUUACCUCUCUUCCAAACUCAAUCUACAAGUUGUGGUAAGCUUUAGCAAGUGCCACAUACGAUAAAACAAAAGAAAAUGGCAAAGAAAAAGAAAGGACCACACAAUUACCUCUCUUGCUUUUACUGCAAGAACCAUUGCUUCUUUUAGUGCUUUCUCAAGUGCUAUUAGUUCAGGCUGCCCAGCCUACAGUGAAAAUUAGAUUUUAAAUUAUUAGUGUUCAUAUCUAGCAGUUUGUACAUGAUGGCCUGUACAAAGAAACAGACAAUAACACA